CCUUUUGUUCAAGAAUGGUUAAAUUUUCCUUAUGAAAAUCUUUUCCACCCUGAUCAAAAAUACACAAAUAUGUCACUGCACUACUUGAAUUUUGUGUUGUAUUUUGAUUAUCAUGUUCAAAUUUAUCUGCUUGCAGAAAUAAUUCCUCUGAGCU